AAAAGGAAAGAUGAAGAGAGGGGAGGAAAUGGAUUUGAAGUAAUUGAGUUCAUGUAAGCAGGAAAAUAAUGUGAUUGUUUUUUGUGAACACCAGUUAUAUGAUGUGUGGCAUAUGUAAUUACAAUGUACAUGAACAUUUUUAAUUUAGUGCUCCUUGGAAGUGUAGAAUUUAGUAAUUACGGCACUGGAAACUGUACUAAUAGGUAAAAGACUGACAUGCAGAGAGCAUUGAUAGGUUACAACCAUUUGGAUGUUAAACAAAUGAAUGAGAAAAAUGUACUGUAACAGUGCAUUCACAGCUUUUGAGUCUACAUCUUGACAGCAAUUAAGAGGAUCUGCAGACAAGAUACAUACCAUAUUGAAGUUAGAAAUGAUGAAAUAGAACGGUACUAUAUGAUAGAAGAAAUAUUUAUUGUCCAGUAAUUGCGUCUAUUUUUUUAAAGACAGUGAAACAGAUAUGUUAGGAAUGGAUCAAGAAAACUGCAUUCUUAGUUGUGUUACAUUUACUUAUAGAUAGUGAAAGAUAGUCAAACAAUUUUUGCAUCAGAAUAGACCUAGUUUAGAAAACUAGCAAAAUGUUGUGGUUUACGUCAUCUAAUAUCUGGUAUUUGGUGACAAGUAGUAUUUAAUUCUUCUAAAAUGCUGUUGUCUAGACAUGAAGACAACACGCAGAGCAUUGUUCAGUGUAUGUCCAAACAUUUACUGAGGAAAAUGAAUUAAAAUUUCACAUGUAUAAAUGGUAAUUCUGCAGUUUAUAUAUGAAUGUACCAUUUUCAAGAAAACAUGUAAAGGUCUUAUUAUCUAAAGGCACAUAUACAGACCAACAAACAAGAGCGACCAUUUGAAUGUAACAUUUUUUAACAAGAAUGGGUCUAAACAUGCGUAAGUGGAUCAAGAUAAAAAUGUGAAAAGGACAUUUCUUUGCACAUACUAAGGAGCUUCCUUAUAAAUGUAUUGCAUUUAAAGAAUCAUUCUCAAGUUCUGAUACUUAGAAGAGACAUAUGGAUACACAAACAGAAGUCCCAAAAGAACGUAAAUAUGUUUGUGCUGUUUGUAGUAAAGCAUUUAUUUCGGCCCGAAACUUGCGGCAACACAUGUUUAUUCAUACUGGAGAUUUUCCAUAUAAGUGUGAUAUUUGCGGAAAGGGAUUUUCCUGUAAAUUGACUUUAAAGAGACAUGUGCCAAUUCAUACUGGAGACCGACCCUAUCAUUGUGCCAUUUGCAACAAGAAAUUUGCAAAGUUAGCUACUCUGAAAAUGCACAUGCCAAUACAUACAGGAGAGCGUAAUUAUGAAUGUAAGAUAUGCAAGAAAUCUUUCUCGAGACCAGGAACAUUGACAGUUCACAUGAGGAUCCACACAAAUGUGAAGAAGUAUUUGUGCACUAUAUGUAAGUGUCGUUUUAUUCGUUCUGAUGACUUAAAGAGACACAAGAUUAGGCAUACCGGUACUCGUGAGCAUGUCUUUAAAUGUAAGGUUUGUGAAAAAACGUUAUUCAAACUUUCCUCUGUUAAAUAUCAUAUGUUAAAGCACUCGGGAGAAUUUCCAGAUAGUCUUAAAUGUAAAAUAUGUCAAAAAGGAAUGCCAAAUUCUUACGCUUUGAAGAGGCAUAUGAUGAUUCAUACAGGAGAACGUCCCUACAAGUGUAAAAUAUGCACGAAAGCAUUCAAUCAGUCACAUUGUUUGAAAUCGCAUAUGAAUAAACAUUUAGAAAAGAGUCCAUACAGAUGUUGCAUUUGUAUGACGAAUUUUUCUUGUUCUAAAAACCUUCAAGAACAUAUGCUAAGACAUACAGGAGAGAAAAAUUAUGGCUGUCAGGUAUGUAAGAAAAAGUUUACAACUAAACAGCAGCUAACAUGUCAUUUUAUGAAUAAACAUUCAACUGAGCGCCCAUAUGAAUGUGAUAUUUGCAAGAAAACUUUCGCGCUGUCAAAAGUCUUAAAGACACACAUGUCAGUUCACAUGAAACAACUUCCAUACAAAUGUGAUAUAUGCAAGAAGUCAUAUGAUAGGAUUGAUUAUCUGGAAGCACAUAUGCAUACUCACACUGGAGAAGAUCGUUUUGCCUGUGAUAAAUGUGGAAAGAUGCUAAAAAGUUUGUGGAACCUCAAGAAACACAUGAAACGGCAUGAAAAUGAUCCUUUUAUAUGUAACAUAUGUGGAAAAACUGUUGUCUAUAAAGAAAAUAUAGAGUUGCACAUGGAACUUUUCCACUCUGAUGACAAAAUGUCUACAGAAAUUUAAAUAGUAAAUGUUAGAAUGAACGUUAAAGCAGGGCCUCCUCUGCCAUUUGCCAAUGUAGCCAAAUGCUUCAAAUUCAAAGAACUUGCUACAGAUUUUUAGCUCACCUGUCACAUAGUGACAAGGUGAGCUUUUGUGGUCACCUUCGUCCGUCGUUAGUCCGUCCGUCCGUCAACAAUUUCUUGUCUGCAAGGUAGUGGUUUCAUUUAUGAUUUUAUUUUAACCAAACUUGCACACAACUUGUAUCACCAUAAGAUCUCGGUUCCUUUCUUGAACUGGCCAGAUCUCAUAAUGGGUUCCAGAGUUAUGGCCCCUGAAAGGGCCAAAAUCAGCUAUUUUGACCUUGUCUGCACAAUAGCAGCUUUAUUUAUGAUUUGAUUUUUACCAAACUGGCACAUAACUUGUAUCACCAUAAGAUCUCGGUUCCUUUCUUGAACUGGCCAGAUUCCAGUAUGGGUUCCAGAGUUAUGGCCCCUGAAAGGGCCAGAAUUAGCUAUUUUGACCUUGUCUGCACAAUAGCAGCUUCAUUUAUGAUUUAAAUUUAAUCAAACUUGCACAAUACUUGUGUUGCCAUAAGAUCUCAGUUCCUUUGUUGAACCGGCCAGAUCCCCUAAUGGGUUCCAGAGUUAUGGCCCCUGAAAGGGCCAAAAUUAGCUAUUUUGACCUUGUCUGCACAAAAGCAACUUCAUUUAUGAUUUGAUUUUAACCUAACUUGCACACACCUUGUAUCACUACAAGAUCUUGGUUCCUUAACUGGCCAGAUUCCAUCAUGGGUUCCAGAGUUAUGGCCCCUUAAAGGUCCAAAAUUGACGUUUUUGGCUUCUGCAGCCAUAUAGAGACUUCAGUUAUGGUUUUAUUUGAUACAAACUUCCAAAAUAUCUUCAACAACAAUAAAUCUUGGAUUCCAUGACAAAUCAGAUCCAAUCGUAGUUUCCAGAGUUAUUUUAUAGCUGAUUACCUCCCCUGAUUGUAGUCAAAAUGGAUUUAUAUCAGUAAGUACUUAUAGGACUUAUUUGAAAUUUCAUUAUUGUCAUUAGUUGGACUGAGCCAAUCAGAUUAGAUAACUAUGGACUGACUUUAUGUCAGAUUACCUCCUUUUAUUUCAAAUUUAAAUGGGUAUACGGUAUCUCUGUAACUAAUGAAGAUACUGAUCCUUCUUUUGUUCACUUACAAUAAUUUUCUUUUUAAUUACAUCCCUUUUACGUUACUAUAAAAAGCUUAAUUUUAGUAACUUUUUUGUUAUUGGCUGUAGGGAAAAACCAAGACCACUUUUCUGUGGUACAACAUGGAUGGUACCUCCAAUUUUUAGGUGUAUUUUGACAUAUCUGUACCUUGUAAGAAUUUUGUUUUUCUUUUUGGUUAAAUUUCUUUCCUUUAUUGUUCCUGUCCUUUGGACUUAGAUAUUUUUUCUGAGGACCUUCUUGUCCUCAAAUGCAAUGAUAACAGGUGAGCGAUAUAGGGCCGUCAUGGCCCUCUUGUUUAAAGUAGUGACGAGAAUUAAGUUUUUAUCAGCUCAAGAACUUGAAAUUAUUCCAAUAUUAGAACUUUUCUUUAACCAUUUGUUUGCUUCCUCUUUCAACCUGUGUUGGAGUCAAAGUCACUUUAGUUUUGCAUAAGCUUGAAAGUUACAUAACCCUAGCUUGUAAUUUGUCAAAAUAUACCCCUUUUGCACUCAGAACAGUUUGAGAUGAUGACAAGUAACAUGAGUUUAGUUUUCAUUUGGUCGAAGGUAUGCUCAUUUUUUAGUUUGUUUGUUUUUAGCUCACCUGAACAGUACUGCUCAGGUGAGUUUUGUGAUCACUCAAUGUUCUGGGUCUGCAGUCUGUCUAUCUGUCAACAUUUAGCUUGUGUAUGCAACAGAGGCUGUAUUUUUCAACUAAUCUUCAUGAAAUAUUGUCAAAAUGAUUACUGUCAUAAAAUGUAGACCAAGUUAGAAAAUGGGCCAUCUGGAGUCAAAAACAAGGUCACCAGGUCAAAUUAGUGUAUGAAUAAUUUCAGUUGUUCUUCAUGAAUUUUGGCCAGAAUGAUUACCUUGAUGAAAUAUAGGCCAAGUUCGAAAAUGGGUCAUUUUGAUUAAAAAAUCUAGGUUACUAGGUCAGAUCAAAGAAAAAUCUUGUGUAUGCGAUAGAGGCUGUACUUUUCAACUGAUCUUGAUGAAAUUUUGUCAGAAUGAUUACCUUGAUGAAAUCUAGGCCAAGUUUAAGUAUGGGUUAUCUGGGUUUAAAAACUAGGUCAAAUCAAAGAAAAAUCUUGUGUAUGCAAUAGAAGCUGUAUUUUUCAGGCGAUCUUUAUGAAAAUUGGUCAGAAUGAUUGCUUUGAUAAAAUUUAGAUUAAAGUGCAAAUUUUGUCAGAAUGAUUACUGUCAUAAAAUGUAGGCAGAGUUCGAAAGUGGGUCAUCUGGAGUAAUAAACUAAGUCACUAGGUCAAAUUUAAGAAAAACUUUGUAUAUGUGAAAGAGGCUGUAUUUUUCAAUUGAUCUUCGUAAAAUUAUGUCAGAAUGAUUGUCUUGAUGAAAUCUAGGUUCUGUUUAAAAAUAGGUCAUCUGAGGUCAAAAACUAGGUCAAAUCAAAGAGAAACCUGUGUAUGCAGUAGAGACUGUAUUUUUAAUUGGUCUUCAUGAAAUUUGGUCAGAAUGAUUGCCUUGAUGAAAUCAAGGUCUAGUUUGAAUAUGGGUCAUCUGGGGUCAAAAACUAGGUCACUAGGUCAAAUAAACAAAAACAUUGGAUAUGCGAUAGAGACUAUAUUUUUCAUUUAAUCUUCAUUAAAUUUGAUCAGAAUGAUUGCCUUGAUAAAAUAUUAGUCACGUUUGAAUAUGGGUCAUCUGAGGUCUAAAACUAGGUCACAAGGUCAUAUCUAAGAAAAUACUUGUUUAAACUCCGGAGACCACAUUUUGAUCCAAUCGUAAUGAAAGUUGGCUAGAAUAUUUGUUUCCAUGCAAUCACUAGGUCAGACAUGUUUACACUGUUAUGGUGUGUUUCUCAGUUGAGCGACCUAGGGCCAUCUUUGCC